UCCUAUCUUCUCCUCGCACUUACCCUAUCGCAGUUUCGCUACAAAUCUCCUCCAUGGCUUCAACCACGCUAUCCUACGCCACCCUCCGCUCCGCCGCUUAUCCUACACUCCCCUCCGCCACCUUCCCCAAGCAGCCCGUCGAAUUCCUCUCCAAAUCCGCCCCCAAACCCCUCCGGCGUCGCGCGCAAUUCGUCCGCCCUCUCGCCGCCGUCGACGCCCCCGAGAAGGUCGUCGAGCUCGGCGACGAGAUAUCGAAUCUGACCCUUGCCGACGCGCAGAAGCUCGUCGAGUACCUCCAGGACAAGCUCGGCGUUUCCGCCGCGUCGUUCGCCCCCGCGGCGGCGGUGGCAGCGGCUCCCGCGGCGGGUGACGCGCCGGCGGCGGUGGAGGAGAAGACGGAGUUCGAUGUGGUGAUAGAGGAUGUGCCGAGCAACAUGAGAAUCGCGACGAUUAAGGUGGUUAGGGCGCUGACGAAUCUGGCGCUGAAGGAGGCGAAGGAGCUGAUUGAAGGCUUGCCGAAGAAAUUCAAGGAGGCAGUUUCCAAGGAGGAGGCUGAGGAAGCUAAGAAGCAGCUCGAAGAGGCAGGCGCCAAGGUCUCCAUUGUUUGAUUUUCACGGUAAAUUUUCACUUUUUUCUCUUCAAUUUGGUAGCAGAUGUAGAUGCAGUAAUAUUGGGGAUUUGUAAUUUCCGUUCCUUUGAUUUACUUAAUUAUGAAUUUUGGCAUUUGGAUACUGAAUUCGGGUUGAAAUAUAUUUGCAAACUUGUUAUAAA